AUGCUACCCCCUCUGUGCUCCCUCCUUCUGGCCCUGGGCCUGGGGCUGGCUGGAGCCCUCAACCCCAACGACCCCAACACCUGCAGCUUCUGGGAAAGCUUCACCACCACCACCAAGGAGUCCCACUCCCGCCCCUUCAGCCUGCUCCCCUCGGAGCCCUGCGACCGGCCCUGGGAGAGCCCCCACAGCUGCCCCCAGCCCACGGUCGUCUACAGGCCGGUGUACCGCCAGGUGGUGAGGACAGAGCACCGGAAGCGCCUGCGGUGCUGUGUGGGCUUCUACGAGAGCCGGGGCACCUGUGUCCCGCUCUGCGGCCAGGAGUGCGUCCACGGCCACUGUGUGGCUCCCGAUCGGUGCCAGUGCGCGCAGGGCUGGCGGGGCGGCGACUGCUCCAGUGCGUGUGCCCCAGGCACGUGGGGGCCUCAGUGUGACAAGCCCUGCCACUGCGGGAACAGCAGCUCCUGUGACCCCAAGAGUGGAGCCUGCCUCUGCCCCUCCGGCCUGCAGCCCCCACGCUGCCUCCAGCCCUGCCCCUCCGGCCAGUUCGGUCCUGCCUGUCAGUUACCCUGCCAGUGCCAGGGAGCGCCCUGCGACCCCCGGACCGGAGCCUGCUUCUGCCCCCCCGGGAGAAUGGGGCCCAG